AUGGACCAUAACUUCACCAUCCGGGGUUACUCUCUGGCCAAAGGCAUGGGUCCUGGCAAGUACAUCUCCAACGAUACCUUCUCCGUCGACGGCUACGAUUGGGCCGUCUACUUUUACCCCGACGGCAAGAACGUCGAGGAUUCCUCCAUUUACGUAUCCGUUUUCAUCGCGCUCGCCAGCGAAGGCACCGAUGUCAGGGCCUUGUUUGAGCUCACCUUUAUGGAUCGCGCCGGCGUCGAUCCUGUUGCUCGACGCCGACUUCUUGAGCACGCCGGCGUCAAUCCAUUUGUUGGGUUUGGAUCACUGUACAGAAGACUUCUACCUGGAUAG